UCCUUCACCAAACUGAGUUCUCACUCAAACGAUGGCAGCGUGGGAGGCCGCCGAAAUGUCCUUCUUCAGUCUGAGCGACGUGAGGGAGCGGAUGCGGGAGAAGAAAAAGGGUGCCUUGAGGACUGCGAAGUUGAAUGCCUCGCUUGCAUCGAAAAUCAAAACGAAGAUCAUCAACAACUCCUCCACUAUGAAAGUCUCCCUAAAGCAGAACAAUAAAGCAUUGGCUCUGGCCCUCAAUGCAGAGAAGGCCAAUGCACAGCGGCUCACUCAGGAGAAGACCAUCCUACAGAAGGAGGUGAAGCAGUGCCACUUCCAGAACGCUGUGCUGCGGCACAGGCUCUCCUUCCUGAAUAAUAUGUUGAAAAAAAUGGACAAUCUUAUGGCUGCAGUUAAGAUGGCCGAGCUGUCUGAGUUCCAUAUAAAUUCUUCAUCCUUGUCCAGUGGCCAAAAGAGCAUCAUGACUGAAGAUAGCUGGGCUGAUGAUAUUGUAGAUGGUCAGCUUCUGAGGGUUACACAGAUACCAAUGAGAGUGCCUGUUUCCAAGCUGCAUGAUGCAGAGCAGCAAGCUGGCAGCUCCACAGUGCUACGAAUAUCCUCAGGAGAACUUCAGAGACCUGCUUCUAAUGCAGAACUUCAGAGACCUGCUUCUAAUGAGGCCCUGAAAAUUGUGCCUGUUGCCUCCAAAGAUACUUUGCCACCACAGCACAAUGAGAUACCUCAGUUCUACCAGGAAGAGAAUGGCAAGAAGGUGACUGAAGCAAUGGCAACAGAGAGGGCUUUUCAUGACUCUCACGUAUUUGGAGAGGUCGUGUGCAGCACUGAACAAAAUCCCAACAAUUUGCCAACACUUGCCUUGGAAAGUCAUACUCUUUUAUAUGAGGCUGAUGAGAUGGCAAAACAUUUAUUUGAUCGUCUCUCACAAGGGCACGUUACUCAGAGGAGAAAGCGUUCCACCCUGUUUGCUACAAGCACUCCAUCUUCUGCUCUGGAUAUCUUCCCACAUGUCAGUUCCACUCAGGCAGCUUGGGGUAGUACUGCACAGGACAACAGCAGCUCCAGCAAGAACAACACACAGCAACAGCUGCCAUCUCCCAGCCCCCUGGCUUCACCUGCUCAAACUGCUGUUGUUUCUCAUAGAAACUCUGUGGGUAAAGAGACCUUUUUUGAGCAGCCACAGACAAAAGAAAUGGGGUGUGGUGUUGAAAUGGACCCUAGCUAUAGCCAAGUCUCUGAGUUUGUUCCUGUAAAGGUUAAAAGCAAAGGUAAGUGUAAAACCAGAGAGAAGACUGUUAAAAAAGCAAGAACAGGAAAAAAGAAAACAACUGCAAUUAAAAACAAUGCAGAAAGUAGUCCUGACAGAUCUCAAGGUGAAGAGUGUGCUCAAAAUGCAAAGCUUCUUCAGCCAGAAGUUGCAACAUGUUCUAGUGAGACUGAAGUCUGUGAGAUGGGGCAGAAGAUGUGGGAGGGGGCUUUUAACAGGACGAAUAGAGACUGUGGUGUGGAGCACCAUUCCCACUCUCCUGAUGGAGUCCAAGACUUUGAAAGUACUCAUGAGGUGAAUCCAGCACAGCUGCAGAGUCUUGAAAGUGCUGACUCAAUGCAGCAGGUUAAGAAGGGACCUAUCUUUGGGAUGCAAAGUGUGGGGAGCUUGCUAAAACCCCCAGCUCAUACCUUCUCAAGUCAUGAAGUUCCCUCAGGUGAUUCCAGUCUACAGAAUUCUACAAAAUUCUCAUGUGUGAGCAGAAAGAGCAUCAGACAGAAAGCCAACAGAAAAACUAGAGUAAUUGGGCAAAGAGAUGAUUCUGAUGAGGAAUAUUUACCAAACAUUGUGAUAAUACCAGAGUCCAAGGCUGAAGAAUGGCCUAAAAGAAGCCAAACAAUCAGGAAGAAUACUGCCAGGAAUAGUAAUUGUGAUCAGAGAAAUGAAGUUCAUGUUUUUAGGCCCUGCAUAGAUGUUCAAGGAGUAGAUAAUGGGAGCACAAAGGAUUUGCCAGGUAAUCUAAAACAGCGCAGGGAAACAUAUAUUGUCCAUCCUUUGGAUCUUGCAGGAAAUUCGGGUUGUUUCCAGACAGAAUCUGAAGGGAGUGAAAAUCUACCUCCCAGGUCUGUUCCUGGGAGCAAAGUGAGCAAAAUCCCCAGAGCUGUUAAGAGCAAUCAAAAGAGCAAUAAAAACCAGACAGGGGACCUUCAAGAAAAUGGGCAAGGUGAAGGUGACCACAACAUGAAUGCUUUGACAAAAGAAGCCUCUUGCAAACCCAGGCCUCAGAGGAAGAGGAGCAACCCUCAACCUCCAGAGACUGAUUCCCUGGCCGGAAAAAGUGAUGGAGCCAAGGUUCUCAUUGGGAGUUCCACAGAACUUGCAUCCAAGCAGACUGUCCCGAUGGGGAAGUUUUCCUGCAUUAGCCAUCUGCUGUCUGAGCCAGGUGAUUUCCUGGAGGAGCAGCUACCUGAGAUAUCACUUGCAGAUAGUCUUGCAGACCUUUCACACAGUCUUGAAUCCUCCCAUGUGAGCAGUUCUGCAGUUUUGUCUGUCAGCUCCAGACUUACAGAAGUACCAGUUUCCAAGAACUUAAGUACUGAGGGCAACAGAAUGCCAGCAAAACCCCCUGUUUCGCUGAAAAACUCCCCGAUAUUUCAAGAAAUGACUGCAGAGGAAAUAUCUGGGGAAAGAAACCAAGUCCAGUCAAGUUCUUGGAGAUCACCUUCACAGAAACCUGAUAUCAGGCCACUACAGGACUUGAACAAUGCCAGGGUUGUGUCUCACUCUGGCUCGGAGGAAGCAUCAGGGUGCUCAUCUAGGCGGAAACGGAAGCCAACCUGCUACAAAGAGCCAUCAAUCAACAGGAAACUGAGGCAGGGUGACCCAUUUACAGACACUGAGUUCCUCCACUCUUCUCUCUGCAAAAAAAAACCAAAGCCUGUCAAAGCCAAGGGAAUGACCAAGAAGAUGAAAGAGAACAAAGAAUGGCUUCCUGAAGGAUGUCUCAGUGCCAAGGCAGGCAAGUUGGUUACAACAGAAAGGAUUAGAACGGUGGUUGAAAGCAGCCCCCAGGCUCCUAGAAGCUCGCGUGUUUAGCCACAAGGCUACAGCUUUGAACACAGAGGCCCAAGCAAAGAUGGAGGUGGCUGACCAGGCAGAUGAACUAUUCCAACUAAGGCAACCCAAGGACCAAUUUGACAAAUUGA